AGGAACCCUAGCUAAAAAUCCAAUCAUUCAUGCAAAUAUUUUACACACACCCAUCAGAAAACACUAGAAAUUAAAUAUGGUGACCAGAAUUAGUAUUAUCUACCUCGCCCUCCUAUUUUCCACCAUUCUUCACGCUUCCCUCUCCGAGCGCUGCCACCCACUUGACAAGGAAGCCCUUCUCAAAAUCAAGAGAGCAUUCAACUAUCCCUACAUCCUUGUCUCGUGGGACCCAAACACCGACUGCUGCGACUGGACCAAUGUCUUGUGCGACAAUGUUUACAACCGGAUCAUCUCCAUCAGCUUCAGCUACGGCGACCUCGCCGGACCGAUCCCCGCCGAGAUCGGCGACCUCCCGUACCUCCAAAACAUUCUCUUCCACAAGUACGGUAACCUCAUCGGAUCGAUCCCGACCUCCAUCGAAAAACUCACCAUGCUCCGGUUCCUCCAGAUAACCUGGACGGGCAUCUCCGGCCCCAUCCCCGCCGGCAUCGGUAACAUCAAGAGCCUUGAGUUCAUAGACUUUUCUUACAAUAAAAUUACCGGUACAAUCCCGAGCUCUAUCGGUUGGCUUCCGAGCCUUGGCGGUUUGCGCCUAGACCGGAACGAAAUUGUCGGGCCAAUCCCAGACUCAUUCGGAGAGUUUCAGAUGAGUGAUUUUUACCUCUACAUGUCGCACAACAAGCUCUCCGGGCCAAUUCCCACCUCGAUGGCGAAGAAGGAUUUCAGUUACAUAGAUCUCUCGAGGAACAAGCUCACCGGCGACCCCUCGCCGCUGUUCGGGGAGAACAAGAGGUUGCUGCUCAUAGACCUUUCAAGGAACUCGUUCAGCUUCGAUUUGACGUCCGUGAAAUUUCCCAGGACGUUGGUUUCUUUGGAUCUCAACCACAACAAAAUGACUGGAAGUCUUCCGGCGGAGCUGACGGAGCUGAAAUUGAACCUCUUCAAUGUGAGUUACAACAGGCUUUGCGGGAAGAUUCCGGUCGGCGGGAACUUGCAGAGGUUCGACUACACCGCCUACUUCCAUAACCGUUGCUUGUGCGGGUCUCCGCUGCCGCCCUGUAGCUAUUCGGAGAUAUAGAAGGAUUUGCAAUUUAGCAUGCCUUGGAAGUUAUACUAAUAAAGGAAUGUGUAUCAUGGUAUAUUGAAUGUGUGCUGAGAUUUUUUUUUUUUUUUUGCCUAUAAUAAUGUUUUAUUGAAGUACUACU